AUGUUUUUGAAUGCUGCUUGUUUGGGAUUUAUCUGUUAUGAAAUGUAUGUGAUCAAUUCGACCACUUUAGGAGUUUUGUUUAGUUUUUUGGCAAUAGGUCAAUUGAAGGCCAUUGAAAUUUGGGGUUUGUUUUGGUUGGAGAUGAAACAAGAAAAGGAACAAGCAAAAGAUGUUGGUUUUGGUAUCAAUAGUGGAGAAAUUGAUCCUCAGGAUCAACAUCAGAUAUUGGAAGAUGAAGAGGAGAAGAUUUAA